AUGUCGAAUGCAAUAUGUCCAAUGCCCCUGGCGGAAAUCAUCAGGGACGUCACUGGCAGGAAAGAGGAAACCAACCCCAUCAAGAAGCUCUACCGUGAGGCGUUCAAGGCCGACAUUGGGAGAUGGAUAUCAGCCUGCGCCGUCAUUGGCCUUGCGGCAGGUCUGCUCUCCAAGCAUCCAGGUCAGGAGAUGCUCGCAGCAUCCGCAUUCAACCUGGCAGUCGGAUCUCUGCACUUCUUUAUGCUCAAAGUCCCAGUUAGACCGAGCGGCUCAACAGACCCUAGACCCCCGAUUUGGUAUAUGGUCGUCUUGGCAGCGUCAACAGCACUGUGGCUGGCUGCAUUCAUUGUCAUUUUUGUCUUCCGAAACCCUAGCCAGCACGACGACUCCGGCAUAGAGAAGCGUAGGGCUGGGUUCCUCGACGACGUCGGGACAGGGACGGUGGCCAUGGUUGAAAACCUAUCAAUUGCGUGUGGUUGCUUUGGCAUAUGUGCUUUUCUAUUUUGCGUCUAUCAAUGGUCUGUAGUUCACUGUCUGCUCACGACAAGGUUCAAAAAGAAUGAGAUGCGACAGGCGUAUCGGAAGAAGAACAGAGCGGAACCCGAGAAACAUGAGCGAAAUGGGUCAGAGGUGUAG